UUGGACUAAGACUGCUACACGGUACUCUUGUACAGUGCAAAAGGCUAACAGGAAACGAACAAAAGUCGGUUGACAAUCAAAAUCUGACGGAUGGUUCAACGAUUCCCGACCUUGGUAGCUGCGAGUAACCUGUCACACCUUCUGAAUUGAGAAAUUAUAUUUUUGUCUCCAAAGUUCCGGUAGGCCACUACUAUUCGUGGGAACUAUGAAAACACAUUGUUCAUUAUUACGUGUGUAUUCGGCUUAUGGGACUAAAGGCACACGCCCUUGCUUCGCCACUCGGAGUUUGCGCAACGAUAAGCACGUGAUUUGAUUUGGCCAAUGGCGGUGCAGUAUAGGGUAUACAUCAGGUCAAGGAAACAACUUUAAUAUUAUCCUAACCUAAUGGUUAGACAGCACUCUCCAAAUGGGCAUGGUUGGCCGACGUUGCAUGCAGACAAAAUGCUGAACUAACUUCAACAAUCUCACGGAAAAGAAAUAAAGAUGGCAACCUAUCCGAUGCUACUGGUAACUUUGUGUGUGUUUAUGACCGCGCUCGCAAAAGCCGAUUUCCAAACAUGCUGCCCUACCUGCUCGACGGACGCCAUCGACUCCUUAAACGACGAUCAAAUGCAGCAGUUCCAGAACAACAGCGCGUUCAUCCAAGAACUGGAACGGAACCCGAUGUUACUGCUGAAUGACACAAAUCAGAGAGAAAUCGUAAAUCUGACCGAAGCUCAGGAGGAGCAGAUGCUGAGGAAUUUCCCCCAGUUGUUCCAGAGCGCCGAGGCUUUCGCCCAGUCCCAGGCAACCAGUGGAGUGGUCACCGUGCCGGGCAGCGGCAGCACCCGUAAGCGUCGACAGGCUUCUGGUGCCCGAAUAUGUCCGCCACGGUCGCAAUCGGUCCCUCUCAUACUGUUCAACAAGCCCAAUGGUGACGUCGUCCAAUUAGCACAGCCGAGUGGUGUCAAACAGUGGAUCUUGAAAGAAGACUGCGAAAGCACGAGUCCUAACAUCAUGGGAGUUCAGUGCGGGGUAGUCAGUCGUCACGUGCCGGCCCUCUUCAUAAACCUCAGCGAGAUCGAGCGCACUGGAGGAAGCAGUAAGGACUUCGACUUCAACGACGUUGUCGUACAAAGCUGCGUUACUAUCCGACUGUAGACUCGGCUUGUUAUUUUUUCUUUUUCGGAUAGGUCUAUUUCUUCCGAUUUUUUUUCUGGAUCCAGGGAGGGCCAGUCUAAAGUUCUCUUUGCGCCUGAGCUGACUCACUGACAGCUUCACUCACUGACUGCCACUUAGCGUGGCCACUCAUAGAAAA